AUGUCAAUGAAUUUAUCAUUUAUUUUAGUUUACUGUAUUCAUCUUAUUCUUCUAUUUUUCUUAUUUUCGGGAAUAUUUGCAUCUCAAUCUGAAACUAUCAAUGAUGAACUUGAACAAGAACUUGUAGCGGAAGGACGAAUAUUUCCAGCUGUAGCAGCAGUUGUAGCUCGAGUUGUAGCUGCUUUAGGGCCACGUGUUUAUAUAUUUGUUACAUGUAUGGGUACAGCUUUUACAUUACAGUGUGGUCAAAAAAUGCUUGAUUGUGCUACACGUGGAAAGGCUCCUUGGGAUUGUAUUGGUGGUCUUACAUGCAGUGGUAAAUCAGCUUUGCAAUGUGCUCGAACAGCUGGUUAA